AUGGACUCUUUGAAGGGUCGAUGGAAACGACUUAACGGAAACGCCAACAAAUGGGUGGCUGCUUGCAGAGCUGCCAACGCCCGAAAAAGGAGUGGCAUGAGCGACCAGGAUGUUGAGAAUGAAGCUCAUAGCAUCUACAAAGGCGACGGAGGCAACGGCUUUCAAGAUUUGAUAGUGUUUAAUGAAGUUAUGAGUAAACAUGAGAAGUGGAGUGUUCAUGAUGCAACACAGGUAUUUCCUGACAAUGAAAAUUUUGCUAAUGAACAGGAUGGCAGCAGCUCAAAGAGGACAAAGACUUCUGAAUCCGGCGAGUAUACUAUCCCUUCAAAUCCGGAAACUCCCACAUCUGGACAUUCAACUAGUUCCCGACCUAUAGGCAGAGACAAGGCAAAAAGAAAAGGAAAAGGCAAGGUAACACAAUCUGAUUCUAUUAAUGCACAAUGUGCUGCAGAUCUUCAUGCACUUAGGCUAGCUAAAGAUAAUGAGAACGAAAUAGCAAGGGCUCGACUGCAGCUAGAACGUGAAAAGCUGGAUAAGCCCUCUAUGAAGAUGUACCAAAGAAUGUUGCUUAAGUUGUUGGAGAAAGAGCACUUGUCCCCAGAAGAUCAAGACAUGAAACGCAACCUAACGGAGAUUGUGUUUGGAAAAUAA